AUGGAUUUUGGGGGUAAACCGAGAAUCAUGGAAUCCCAAGUGCGCAUGAACUACUCCAAAGAGCUGGAGGCGGCUGUCAAUAAACAGAUAAACAUCGAACUAUACGCCUCGUACGUCUACCUCUCCAUGUCAGUGUACUUCGAUCGUGACGAUGUCGCUCUGCCACAUAUUUCACCCAGUGAGAGUUGGACUGAACGUCUAUAUUACUUCAAACUCCAAAGCGAUUGCUCCGAGGAGGAACGUGGGCAUGCAUCCAAAUUCAUGAAGAUGCAAAACCUUCGUGGUGGACGAGUUGUACUGCAAGCAAUAAACAAACCCGAGAAGGACGAGUGGGGAAGCGCGCUGGAAGCCUUCCAGGCAAGGAUUUCCUCCAAAUCAAAAAAUCGAUGGGCUGCGUUGGCGCUGGAGAAAUUCAAUAAUCAAGCGCUGCUCGACCUGCACACUGUAGCGACAGAGUCUAAUGAUCCACAGUUUACUGACUUCCUCGAGUCCGAGAUGCUCGAAGAACAGACCGAAUCCAUCAGCGAGAUGGGCAAGAUGGUGACGAACUUGAAACGAGUUGGAUCGGGCUUGGGCGAGUACAUGUUCGACAAAGAGCAGCACUUCGAGUAA